AAAUAAUUUUUGUAGAGUUGGUUAUCCAAUCCAAUUAUAAAAACUGGUCAUUUCUCUUGAAAAUUUCAACGAAGAACCACCACCGGCUGUAUUUAAGUGAUUAUUUUUUAAUAAUUCAAUUUUGGAAAGUUCCAUCAAAAGCUUUGUAAGAACAGCUCUUUGAACAAUUAAGUUUUAAAAUUUACCACCAGUCAUUUCAUUUCUAACAUGUCUUCAGAUAAUAAAUUUCCCGAAAACUUUUUAUUUGGCGCUUCUUCUAGUGCAUAUCAAAUCGAAGGUGCAUGGAAUGAAGACGGUAAAAGCAAAAGCAUUUGGGAUUACCGUUACCAUAAUGAAAUCACCGAUUUAAAGAAAAAUAAGCAUAAGUAUUUUUCUAUUCGUCCUGGAUCUCAUAAGUACCAUCAUCAUUUAAUUAAAAAUUCAGACAUUAAAUUUGUAGGUUUUCACAAUGAUCAUUUGAUUUUUGAAGAUUUGUCCAUCGACAAACAUUUUACUUCAGGAGUUGAAGAUGACGGUUUAACAUCAGGCGAUGUUACAUGUGAUUCUUACCAUAAAUUUGAGGAAGACAUCAAAAUAUUAAAAAAGCUAGGUGUUCAAGUUUAUCGUUUCUCAAUUAGUUGGACGAGAGUUUUACCGAGAGGACAUGAUACUUCACCUAAUCCUGCUGGUGUUGAGUAUUACCAUAAAAUAAUAGAUUUACUACUUGAGAAUGAUAUUACACCAGUAGUUACUAUUUAUCACUGGGAUCUUCCACAAUCAAUUCAAGUUCUUGGUGGAUGGGCAAAUAACAAUAUUUCGAGAUAUUUUGAAAACUAUGCAAAUUUUCUUUUUAAGACUUAUGGAGAUAAAGUUAAAUAUUGGACAACAAUAAACGAACCAAGAAUGGCAUCUGAAGGCUAUGGUGGUAACUAUGGUCAUGCUCCGCAAUUAGGUAAAAAUUAUGGUGGAUUAGGAGAUUAUAUGGCUAUUCAUAAUCUUCUAUUAGCUCAUGCAAAAGCUUACAGACUCUAUGAAAAGAACUACAAAUCAACCCAACAAGGUCAAAUAUGUAUUUGUCUAGAUAUAUUAUGGGCCUUUCCAAAAGACCCAAACAGCGAAGAUGAUAAAAAGUCUGCCCAACUUUUUCUUGAAUCUAAUGUUGGAUUAUUUAUUGAGCCACUUGUUACUGGUAAAAUUCCAAAAGCCUAUUUGGACUCAAUUAUAGAUACUAACCAGCAGAGAAGAAUUAAUGUUUGGCGAAUGAUACAAUUCACUGAGGAAGAAAAAGAAUUAUUGAUAGGGUCUUAUGAUUUUUUAUCAGUCAAUUAUUAUCAUUCGUUGUUUAUUUCUGCAUUGCCUGAAGAUAAAGUUACUGAUCCUGAUCUUGAUCUUAAAACAGUUGAUCAAAGAUCUAUUGUACCUAAUUGGUUUGAUCCAGUUGACCAGAAUGAUACUAUAAUAGGCUUUAGAAACAUAAUGAAUUGGUUAAAUAAAAAAUUAGGGCAAAUUUCACAUAUCAGGAAGCCAAAAUUUUUUAUUUCUGAAAAUGGAAUAACUGAUGAUGCUACCAAUGACCCGACUUAUAAAGAAAAAAUAAAUUAUCACUAUGAUAUCAUAAAAGAAACCAAAAAUUUGAUAGAUAGUGGUAUUGACAUUUUUGGGUAUUGUGUUUGGUCAUUGAUGGAUUCCUUUGAAUGGAGUGAGUCAAGUCCAAAGUAUGGAAUUUAUAAGGUCGACUUUAAAGAUCCUAACAGACCUCGCACACCAAAACCUCAAGUUGUUGAAUUUUUCCAAGAUGUAUUUUUACAUAAAGAGUUGAAAGAUACAAGACCAAACUAAACAUAUGUAUAUUAUUGGAUUUUACAAAAACUUACUUUUACUAAUUUUAUUUUAUUACAACUAUUAUUUUUUAUCUUUCAAAUGUUUUAAUUUAAACUAUAUAAAUCAUUUAUACUUUAUAAUACAAAAUAUCUAUAAUUGUUGAAUUUUAU